AAGAUACAUAUUUCUGUGUAAUUUGUGUGUCUUUCAUCAGCUCUUAGGUACAAUGGUUCUGCAAGUUCAAUCAGCAUCCUGACAUUGUUCUUCCAUCUGAAUUGCUCGGCAAAAUGUCAACAAACGAUCCAUCGGCUAGUCGCAUCCCUGGUCAGUUGAAGCGGUCUCCUGAAAAGCUCAGCAAGCACUUCAGACACAGCGACUCUGGGUCAGAAUCGGAUGGAGAAAGUGAGGACAAUCGUUCAACAGCUGCGGUCACUGACCCUGCGCGACCCCCAGAUGGCCUUACUGCUUCCCAGAAGAUCCCCACUCCCACAAAACGGCGCGAUGGCAAGGGCCGUAAAUCACGGUCCCGAAGAAAUGAGUGGGAGAUAAUGGAGGGACUUAGGGAUGGUCAGAAGUGUGACACCCUGCCGGACAAGCACCAGGGUUAUCUUUCAAAGCGAAAACGAUGGCCCAUGAAAGGCUGGCACAAGCGAUACUUCCUCCUUGAAAAGGGAAUUCUCUACUACAGCAAAUCGCCAAGUGAUAUUCAGAAGGGGAAAUACCAUGGAGUCAUUGACAUUGGCCUAUCUGUUCUUGCAUUCAAGAGGAAUCGUCAUCGAAUAGAUAUUGAUGCUGAAGAGUUGGUCUACCAUAUAAAGUUGAAGAGGGCCCUGUUUGAUGAUUGGCUGACCCGUCUACGUCUGCAUCGCCUCUAUAGGCAGCAUGAGAUUGCAUACGGUACUAAGGAAUCGCCUAAACUCACCGAACUGAAUCCUACAAUGCCUGCUGAUGAGCUGGCUAAUCUUACCUCCAAUGUCAACCUGGCAGAUAAAGCUCGUGAUAAUUCCCUGCACCGUGAACUCUCGAGGCACCCAAGCUUGAAGGGUCAGGACAGGGUGGCCGCCUGGCUCCUGGACACUCAGGGAUUUGAACACUGCAACAAAGCCUUAGGUCAAGCUCAGAGUCUGCUGUAUGAGCUCAACAAGAACCUGACCUCUCUACGGGAUUCCCAAGUAAGCAGCGAUCCGUUUGAUAGUGAUUCGAAAGAUUCAAAAGAUAAAAGCAAGAACAAGAGUUUCAGUGGGUGGAAACCCAAGAAGAAGGACCAUAAGCGUAACUCCAGUCUCCAGGACGACCGUAUACCCACCACUGUGGUUCAGCCAUUUGCAUCCCAACCGGCCACGCCCCAGAUACAGGUGGACCCCCCGUCCCCAUUCCACCGGGUGCCCAACGAUCUGCUUCGCUCAAGUUCAUCCAACCCAAACCUCCACUCAGAUGACCGGCACUGUCCCAGCCCAGUCAGCGCGCCUAUCAAGAACACAAGUGUUAAGCGGCAGGCGAGUGUCGAGGAUAUGAAGCUGAAGGAGACAUUUGUGGCGAAUGCUGAACAAGUUUAUGAAACGUUGCGCAAUCUCUUCCAUUCAAUGUCCACUGAGAGGGACAGGCUAAAACAGACGGUGGACUUGAACAACAUAACCACUGUAGCAAAUAGCACUUCAACCUCCAACGCGGCCGUAGCUUCUCUCAAACAGACCCUUGCUGAGGUAUGCCAACAAAACAAGCUGUUGAAGGCCCGCCUCGCCCUCAUUCACAGCGAGUCAGCACUGGCUGACCUUCACCUUUCCAGCCCUCCAGGCAGCCCCAUGGAGCGCAGGUUGGCUGGUUUGACUCAAUCAUUCUCUGCUGAGAGCUGCACAAUGUCAGAGUACUACGACGCUGUGGAGGAAAAUAACCUGGAGUCACUCAGUGAUUCAUCAUCAGAGAGAUCCGAUGAGGAGAUAUCUUCAGAGAUCAGUGAUGACAACGACACAGAGAUGAGCAUAGCACACAGUGCUUCAGAGGACCGCAUCUUGUCGUUCCAGACCGGGCGCCGGUCUAAGUUGCCGGUUCCCAAGUCAGACAAGGGAGACGUGUCCCUGUGGAAUCUGCUGUUCAGGAACAUCGGCAAGGACCUCACCAAGAUAUCUAUGCCCGUCACACUGAACGAGCCCCUGAGUAUGCUGCAGAGACUGUGUGAGGAGCUGGAAUACAGUGAUCUGCUGGAUAAGGCUAACCUGUGUGAAGAUCCCUUUGAUAGAAUGAUGUAUGUGGCAGCCUUUGCUGUGAGCAGCUAUGCCAGCUCAUGUUACCGUGUGGGCCAUAAACCUUUCAACCCCCUGCUGGGAGAAACCUACGAGAGUAUACGGGAGGAUAGGGGCUGGAAGUUCAUCUCUGAACAGGUGAGCCACCAUCCGCCAAUAUCAGCCUGCUACUGUGAGUCCAAGAACUUCACUCUAUGGCAAGAUGUGCAGAUCAAGUCCAAAUUCUGGGGUAAAUCAAUGGAGAUCCAACCAAUAGGCAUUGUGAAUGUAACCUUGCCAAAGUCUAAGGAUCACUACCGCUGGAACAAGGUCACCACAUGUGUUCACAACAUUCUGGGUGGUCAGCGCUGGGUGGACCAGUUUGGGGAGAUGACCAUCACCAACGGGAAAAUUGUCUGCAAAUUGACCUUCACCAAGGCGAGCCACUACUACCAGUCAGACAAGCGCCAUGAGGUGUAUGGUACGAUAGAGAAUGGCGAGGGCAAGGUGGUACACAACCUGUUUGGGCGCUGGAACGAGGCUCUGUACUGUGGACACGCCCCCUCUGCUCGUUGCAUAUGGAGACCAGGGACGAUGCCUGAAGAUUAUGAGCUUUACUAUGGUUUCUCCCGGUUUGCUAUGGAGCUCAACGAAAUUCUACCGGACGAGGAGUCGUUUCUACCUCAUACAGAUUCCCGCUUCAGGCCGGACCAGAGGUUACUGGAGGAAGGAUGCAUUCCAGAGGCAGAGAAAGAGAAGUCUCGUAUUGAGGGCCUGCAGAGAGAUCGCAGGAAACAGCGGGAAUCUCAGAGACUGGAGUACAGGCCAGUCUGGUUCAGGCACGAGGUUCUCGGUGGUAAAGAUGCAUACAACUAUGACAACAAAUACUGGGAGACCCGUAAAGAGCACGCGUUCGAGAAAAUGGCCAUUCCUAAACUUUGGUAGCAACAGCUGGGACUGUGAUUACCGUAGGUUUCUACGUAUAGCGCGCUCCCGUGUAUAGCGUGCAGGCUGUUUUUUUAAUGCAAAAAUGGAGAAAAAAAUAUUUAAAGACAAUAAAACCACCAAAUCGGACCGAAAAUGGCCGCCAUUUUACUAUUGCACAAUCCAAUAAUCAGGGGCAUUGGAAAGCUUAAUUAAGCAUUCAAAUAAAGAAGCGUAAUUAUGAUUAGGAGCAGGGGUUGCACAGCACUAUACUUUUCUGACAAUUUUGUAAUUUUCUUGCAGUCCACGUGCACUGUGAAAAACGUGAGAAAAUAAGAAUAAGUGUACAUCGUGUGAUUUUUCUGGGGGAAAGCAUGGGCAUUACCGGUAAAUUUGAAUGUCGCAUGGUAGACAGGGAUACAGUUGUUGAGGUACACCACUGUUGAACGUUCGAUAUUUAUACACACAAAAUGCAAUUGCAUAUCUUCACGUUAACAAGUGUCAAUUAGUGUCUCAAAUAUCAAUUAGCGUCUUAACAAGUCGUGGCACAUAUUACUCAAUAACAUCUGCCAAUUACGAAGUACAAAAUGACCUCCUUUCACACCUACUGUUACCCGCAAAAAAGACCUCGUUCGCACCGACCCUUGCUUGCUCUCCGGAAUGUCGACAACAAUCCCCAUCGGAAUUCAUCAAUAAAGAAGUGUAAAAACACAAACAAAGAAAUGUCCGCAAGUUUAUUCAAACAAAUUUAUUUUUGACCAAAACUUCUUCUACCGCGUUCAUAUCUACCAGUAGCGACUUGUUGUUUCGAAAAUGGCCCCUCAUUCUGUACGGUUAUAGGGUGGUAGUUUUCUGGAAAAAAACAUGGGGGCCAUUUUGCAUACAUGCCAUAAUUUUUUAGGUCCAAAGCGGGACAUUCCAUAAAAAAUUGUCGGGACAUUUGACCAAAAAGCAGGACACCUAAAACGAUCUAUCAUUCCACGUUUACUAUAGUCAGUAUAGUACUAACAAAAACUCUUGAUACUUUUAUUCAAGACAUAAAACAUCUGAUAUGAAGCAUGAAAUCUUAAACAUAACAAUAACAGUUUUAUUAAAUAAGACAAUAGCAAACAACGAAGAUAAUAUUCAUCUGUUUAAGAGUACAAAAUCUAGAACAUUACGACAACAAUACUCAUUAUAUUAAUUUCAAUGGCAAACAUUAACGCAGGGGAGGCUAUCCAGUUGACUGAAAGUACGGGUUACAGUACACUAUCUACCGAACAGUUACAUCAGUUACACACGGAAUGCGCGGCCGUACACAUUUCCGUAUUUUGUUUUCUUCCUAUAUACACAGAUUAAACUGAAUUGUGAAUUGUCAGGCGCUGUAUUGGGGUAGUGUCAAACUGUCAUGAAUAACAACACGUUGUUUUUAUUACAAUAACACAAGACAAGAUGGGUAACUCUUUUACUGUUUGUUGCGAUGUUUUUUUAAGCAUGUGUCCAUGCGCAGUUUGUUACUUGUCAAUUGCCGCGGCUUAAUUGGAGUAGGGUCAAACU